AUGGACGAUGGCCAAGCGACGGCUCCUUCCGACCGAGAUAAUGAUGCACCCGAUAAUAUACCAAAGAAGAAAACAGGUCCUCAUGGCGCUCGAAACCAGCACCGUCACAUUCAUUUUGCCAAAUGGCUGCAGCAACGAUUUCCCAUGAGCUUUCAAGAAAGCCAUCUAAAAAAACAAGAUGAUGCGAUGAGACACAUUUUGGAUAUUGCUGGUGGCAAGGGCGAACUGACGGCAAGACUUUCCAUGUGCCUACAACAGCGAGUGGUCAUGGUGGACCCUCGGCAGGCCGAUAUUGCCAAUUGCUUUGAUACACAAGUAUUACCAAGACUUCCCAAUAAAUGGCAAAAACGCAUUGAAGAUCAACGUGCGGACAAUCCAGACUUUGUACGACAAAAAGUAGAGGAACGAGUAAGGCAGCUCGUCACUACGUUCGAUGACAGAACCCUCGUGGAAGAUGCUGAAAUUCAGGAAGCCGUGCAGAAUGCUACCCUAUUAAUCGGACUCCACGCGGAUGGUGCCACUGAGGCCAUUGUUGAUGCGGCAUUGCAAUAUCAAAAACCCUUUGUGGUGGUUCCUUGCUGCGUCUUUCCCAGCUUCUUUCCCGACCGCACGGUGGUUAUGGAACCAGACGGUCCGAGUAUACAUGUGCGGACGCAUGAGCAGUUUUGUCAAUUUCUGCUGCAGAAGCAUCCUGGAUUCCGAAUGGAAAUCUUGCCCUUUGAGGGACGUAAUGUUGCCAUUUUGUGGGAUGGGGUAUCCCAACACCUAUCCCAACCCAGGAAUGUUCCGGUUGCUGAUGGGAAUCUGUAG